AGACUUGGUGGAGAGGUGCACGUGCCCGACGCAGUUCCCGAUGAUAUGCGUCUCCGAGGGCAAGUACCGUAUCGGAGACACGAAGGUGUUGAUCUUCGUGCGAAUUCUUCGAAGCCACGUUAUGGUGCGAGUGGGUGGCGGCUGGGACACCCUCAGCCAUUAUCUGGACAAGCACGACCCCUGCCGAUGCAGGACCUCUCAUCGCUCGAUGAUCUCGGCGAAGUUGAUUCAAAAGGCCGGAGGGUCGUUCGACCUUGGCAGCGCACAGGUGCAUUACGAGAGAUCACCUCCUAGAACACGACGGAGCUCGGCGUCGAGCGUCGGCUCGUGCGCGGGCACAGCGCAGAAUCAGCAGUCGGCGCAGCUGCACGCGGCCAGGAGCGUCUCCAGCAAUCGGUCCCGAUCGCCCACGCCCCACCAGCCUGCCAGCAAGCAGCAGCAAUCGAACAGCGACGAGCAACGAAAGAUCAACCGAUCGAGGAGCCCAACGCCGCAGAGGAAGUUCCUGGGCAGCCCCGGCCAUCAGCCGGACUUCGGCAAGCAACAACGAUCCAGAUCGCCGACACCGAGGCCUCAGCUCCGAUCCAACAGCCCGACGACCAAGCUCGAGCACGCGAAACACGGAUCGUACGUGGACUCGUCUGCUAGAACAUCGAACGAGGAGUCUCGUUCGCCGACUCAUUACGGAAGGCAUCAGGAAGCUAAGGAUGCGAAGAACGUUCAGGAGACGCGCACGAAAGUGCCCCUGACGGAGGAGUUCACGAAACGAUACGUGGUGGACGGUGGCGUGGCCCGCAGAACAGUGGAGAGAGACGACACGCCGAAAUACGAGCCGACAAUCUACAACUACAAGUGUCGCGAGGACUCGAGUAGCCGCAGCCCAACGCCGAGUCCACCGGCGAUCAAGGAGCCAGUGUUGGAAAGUUUCAGCAAAGACGUGACCGGGAAUGUACACUAUACAAAGUCGCCGCACGACGGGGAGCAUUCGGACAAUUGCAGCGAAGUGUCCGACGAGGGUUACCGAAGCUUAGGAGCGGUUCAGCCGGCUAGCGGAAAUGGAAAUCCCGCGACGUGCACGCAGGGUUCGCCUACGGUUGCCGAUUGUCAAAAGCAACCCGUGCAGGAAGAGAGGUCCUGCGUCGAGACGGAUAGCAUCGAGACGGGCCUGCGAAAGACGCGCAUAGGCCCAGCCAGCCCCCUCCGUGCCUCGCCCUCGAGGAGCGUGGCCUCCUCCUCCGGUGAUCGGACACCGCGCGCCAAUUCCAUCGUCCGCGAGAACAGCAACGUCUCGAGAGCCUCGUCGGGCAGCAAGACCCCACGCGACAGCAACUCCAGCCCCGAAGGUAGCCCGCUGAAGCGCGGAACCAUCCGGAACAGCCUCCGGAAACCACCGCCAACCGGCAGCCUGAGCAAGGCGUCCGUCGUUCCGAAACCGUGUCAGAGUCCGGUGAGCGGCAGCAACACGUGGAACGGCAGACAAACACGACAGAGGCCCAGCAUCCAGUCGGACACGUUUCUGAGCCCAGGGCAGGCAUCGUCAGCGGCGCCGCUAUGCGCGACCACCGCCGCCAACCCGUCGGCCAGUUUCGCGAGGAAGAGCCCGGCCAGGCAGAGUCUGCCACGGCAGAGCUCGAACGGCGGCGUCCAGUACGACAGAAACGGUAGAAGGGUGAAGACCACCGGGUCACUUCAGUCCUCGCCGACCAAGGUGAACCCGCUGCUGGAGCAGAUUCUGCAGAAGGUCGGCCAUCUUCAGGACGAGCGCGAGGUGAUGCAGAAGCUGCAGGAUCUUCUGAGGGACUAUCAGGCGCACAGCGGAGGGGACGGUGUGGCGAACAUGGAGUUCACGAGGGCGUGGAUCGACGGUAACGGGACCGUGGCGUUGCCGCAGGACAAUCAGAUGACGGCCAGUCCUAGGAAGGAUCCGAAGCCUGCCUCGGAGAGGGGAGGUUUCUCGAGGAUACCGGCGCCGGUCUACAAGAGGCCGAUGUCCGUCGCGUCCGACAGCGUGUGAAGGCUUCGACGACGACGACGAGCGUGUGUCCUCGAGCGUGUCAUCGGGCUUGGACUAUGCGCGAGCUGAGACGUUCCCUCGUUUCGUGGAUUCUACGCGGUUUUUUUCAUGAUCGCGCGGUGGAGAGGGUGAGAAAGGGUGAUUGCGUGAAGGUGGUGGUUCCCCGAGUCGGCGACACUGACUGGCAUCCCCGUCGAAUGAUCGUUGGCAAUGAUCGUUUGGAGACACUGACACUCUCGGUGCGUUUGGUAAGUGAUCAAUAACUGCGAUCGACGACCCUGGUUUUAAAUACUCGGCCUACGUUAUCGGCGCGUUCCUGUUUUUAACGCUAGAACUGAAAAACCAACUAGUGAAAAAAAUUUCCAUUUCCAGAGACAAAGUAGUGUGAAAGAAACGGAUACCACUAUUUGUAACACGAUAGGACACGCGAGCUUUUACUUACAUGUGUUACAUUUCACGAUAUACCGUUCUGUGUCUAAUUAAUCAUUUUGAUAGUUCUGGUGUUAAAUGUUUGGCCUAGACGAUCGACAGUUGUUCUCUAGCCUUCUAGAGAAAAAGAGAUAUCGAGAAUGAUCCGACAGGGGGGGGGGGAGGAUUUGUGUAAUCGCGAGAUUAAGCACAGAAUUGCAAGUUGGCAGAGUGUCUAACGAUCAUUGCCAAAGACAGGCCCUUUUGGAAUCCGUUCUCCUAAACUUCUCAGUCUCAAAUUUCAGUGUAUGUAGGGGCCAGUUAGUUCUCAGUCAGGGGAAACACUGUUUGUGAAAACGCGUUUCUAUGGUGCUUGGCAGAUCACCCUUUCCCUUGUGGAACCUCGUGUAAAUAGCGACGCUCUUGUCGAAAAUUCUACAAAAGAAUCGUUCCCAUUUUCUAUCCGUUUCGUUUAGAGAGCAGAUCAAUCACUCUUCCCUCGCGAAUUCCAUCGAGAGUCAGGAGGGAAGAGGUUCGAGAAAAAAAAAAAAAAAAAUCUCAGCAAAUCCGCGUUCUUGAAGACUCUGGUUUUCCACGAUGUCGGAUCGAAGGCGGCAUAGUGUGGUAAGGAAGCAUAACCAGGGCCUUAACGGUACGGGGUCGAUCAGUUUAGCUCGUAGGAGUCACGGUGUAUAUCGGGGUGGUGCUUGCAUGGUGCUGAACGAGAUGACGUUCGUGAUUCAGAUAAGAUUAUGAUAAGGUGACCAAAAGUAAAAGAGUUUGCAGAACGAAAUGCAUCAAUAAAAACAAAACAAAACAAAAAAAAAAAGAGAAGAGAAAGAAGAAGAAUAACUGAAGAGCACGACGAGGAAAGGAAAAAAAGAAAUGAAGCAGGUAGGUUUUUAGAUGUUAGGAUGAAGGGACGAGAGAGGCUCGGUCUCGUCGACGAACAACAACGAUUUCGAUUGAUGAACAGACGGAAUUCAAGCGGGCAAAUUAGCUGGUGUGCCGGCUCUUGCGUUAAUGGCUUCCCGAUCGAUUUGCUUCCAGUCAGUUAAUUGCACCCCGGCUGACAGCUCGUCGAUUGAUCCGAGACGAGAGAUUACACCUUGCACCGUGGACACACGCGACGUGAUUUCUUUCUCUCGUCGUGACACGUUUUCCUUUUUUUCUUUCUUUCCUUUCCCUCUCCUCGCGUGACUUGCGAUCGAUAACUCAUUGCCUCUGUUUCCUAUUGCGAAUUUUUUUUCCACUUAUCCAUCUUUUAUACCAUCUCAGUUCUUUGACCGGAAGCGAAAGACGGGUUGGAGGAAAUUUGUUUUUGGAAAUUUUUAGUUUUCAGAAUCUUUGGAGCAUGGGAGAGCGAAAAGUUGGAAUACUGAGAAUACUUCUACUCUUUUCCCUUUUUUUUUUUUUUUUUUUUGGCUUAUUUGUUUGUUUUGUGCAGAGGAGGACGUGUAUCUGUUAAUUUAGAACAUUGACGACGAGGGGAUUUAUUUAUUCGAGGCACAUUUGGAAUUUUUUGGACGAAGGAAAGACGAAAGGCUGGACAGUAGUUUCGCAAAAUGCGAAACGUUAUCUCAUUUUAUGUAAAAUAGACAGUGGAAGUAGAUUCGUUUCUUGAAAUUUUGGGAUUCGUGUGAAUUCACAAAAUCCAUUGGCUUCUGGGAAAUUGUACAUAAAAUCAGUAUAAUGUAAUUGUACACAAAGUUAAAAAUCUUGAUUAGAACUAAAAGUCAAUUCUAAUUACUUUAUUAAAAAUUAACAAUCUCGAAGGUUUUUUUUUAUUUUUUCUCGGCAAUGAAAAUUCCACAAAAUUGAAAGUUCCCCACUGCCAAAAAAUUCCACUUGAAAAAAAAAAAAAAAGUCAGACUAGAAAAUCGUCAAACGUGAAGUCGUUCUCACCCCUCGAAAGAAUCUCCAAAAAAUCGAUCGCAAGCUGACACCUAAGAAAGAAACAAAGAAAGAAAGAUGAAUCGCGUCGUGUCGUGUCCAUUUUCAUUAGCUUAACGCACGUUACGCAACAGGUCGACGAGCGUAAAUCGCGAUCCCUCAACGAUCUUUGUGAAGAAAGAAAAAAAAAAAAAAGAUAGAUAGAUAGAUAGGUAGAUAGAGAGAGAGAGAAGCGAUCGUGGAGGAAUCGACGAGAAGAUCUCGGGCUUCAGAAUUUCUACGUUCGAUGGUAAUUCACCGCGGCCCUCCGGUCCGGCGAGAAAUUAUUUAUUUAUAUAGUCUAUCGGUUGUAUUUAUUGAAGACGAUUUAUUUACGCGUUACGAGUUCGCUUGAGGGAGGAAAGUGGCAAAGAGGAAACAGCGUGUAGCCGAGAGUCGUAGGUAGAGUUAGAAAACGAGAGAAGGAAGCGGAAAGAAAGGAGGAGAGACGAAAGAGAAAUCAAAUUCACCCCGGAGAACAGAGAACUGUAUUAUUGUAUGUAGAUAGCGACGUGUCGUCGGACAAAACGCCAUUCCAAUGUUUCACUGUUUUUUAUACCAAACGCGAGCGUAGCGGCAUUUUGUAUCAAGUGUCUUGCGAUGGGGCGGGGAGGGUGGGACGUGGUUUCCGGUUUCUCGCGGAAGCCAGAGGAACGGAAGUUUCUGCAGGGGGGGAAAUUUUUGCGUAGGAGUAGACAGUAGGGUAGAUUUACAACGUUGGAUUGAAUUGAAACGGUUCGAUUAAAUUUUAAAUAGAAAAUCAACAACGACAACAGGCUUCCCUUAAAUUUAACAAUAAAAUUUCUGAUUCAUCUCGAGAUCUCGUGGUCCGAGUCAGCGAAAUGGAGAUUGAACGAUACGGAAGUGAAAGAUAAAGGCGGGGGAAAGAUCAAACCGUCGCUUUCACGUUACUUUUAUAUUAUCGAUAAUUUUGCAAAAUUUGCGAAAAUUUCACGCGUACGAAACGUUUUCGAGGACGAAACGUAGCCUAGGAAGAUGACCUACAGAGAGCGAGGAGUGCUUGCAAAUCAAAAUGAAGCUACCUACUACAAUUUUCGUAGCGAGACAAACCGAAGGAAUAGAGCGAAUAUUUUUUUAACAAUUUGCCUAGUGGAGAACUGUCGCGUUCUCGCGGCCUAAGCUCGGCCUCUCGUAGGCUUCCGUUUCUUCGGCAACGACCGCGUCCCGCCGCAGAGAACACCGCGGUCCCCACCACCCGCUGAUUAAUACUAAUUAAGAGGUACACUUCCCCGGCGGGAAGGCAGAGAAGUUUAUUUUGUUGACCAGAUGUUCGAGUAGAGAUAAUUGUAACGGGAUAUAACGUGUCCUCGGUAUACAGGUGGGCGAAAGAGAGAA